GAGCUCUUGCAGGGCUGGCUCUAGAGUGACCCUGCUGGUAUUUCUGCAGAAACCUUCCACAAACCCUGCAGGGCAUGUUUAUCUGAUGCGCGGAUCGGUCUGGCACUUGGCGCAGUCAGCAGCUCUCCCACCUGCUUUUUCUGUGGUGACACUGAGUGAAAGAGAUGAUCCCCCGGGUACCUUCUGAAAGUGUCUGAUAUUUGGGCUGUCUCCUUCCCCGUCGAGGCGGUGGCUGUAAUGAAGCUGAUUUCAAGCUGACAGUGAUGCCUCCCCUGUCUUCUACCUCUUUUGCUGGCCAUGCAGCUGCAACACUUGCCAUGGCUGGGGUUGGAGCUGUGUACUGACUGGCUGCUGCCUUUGCAAGUGGUUAAGAUAUCAAAUUCAGUUACCCAGAAAUAUGAUUGAAAACAGUAUGUUUGAGGAAGAGCCCGAUGUGGUUGACUUGGCAAAAGAGCCUUGUUUACAUCCCCUGGAGCCCGAUGAAGUUGAAUAUGAGCCAAGAAGCUCACGGCUCUUGGUGCGUGGCCUUGGGGAGCAUGAAAUGGAUGACGAUGAAGAGGAUUAUGAGUCAUCAGCAAAAUUGCUGGGAAUGUCCUUCAUUAAUAGAAGCUCAGGUCUCCGGAAUAACAUGGCUGGCUAUAGACAAAGUCCAGAUGGAUCGUGCUCGGUGCCCUCUACAAGGACCAUGGUGGUUUGCAGUAUUGUUCUUGUGAUUGCGAUUUCAGUAAUAAUGGUGAUCUAUCUCCUUCCCAAAUGUACCUUUACCAAAGAAGGCUGCCAUAAAAAAAAUCAUACAAUGGAACUAAUAUACCCUUUGGCAACCAAUGGAAAACUGUUUCCAUGGGCAAAAAUGAGACUUCCUUCUGAUGUUGUACCAUUGCAUUAUGAUCUUGAGUUGCAGCCAAACCUUACUACUCUGAAAUUUUCAGGAUCUGUAAAGAUAGUGGUUAAUGUUCUCCAGGUAACUAGGAAGAUUGUGCUUCACAGCUCAGGACUUAAUAUCACCAAGGCAUCACUUACUUCAAAAGGAGGAAGUCAAGCGAAGCCAGUUGAAUUGCUGGAAUAUCCAUUGCAUGACCAGAUUGCAAUCAUGGCUCCUGAGGCUCUCCUUGUAGGACAGAAUUACACUGUCAACAUAGAAUAUUCGUCUAAUUUAUCGGACACCUACUAUGGCUUCUACAAAAUUUCUUACAAGGAUGAGAAUUUUAAACAAAGGUGGUUUGCAGCAACUCAGUUUGAACCUCUAGCAGCAAGGUCUGCUUUUCCAUGCUUUGAUGAACCAGCAUUGAAAGCUACUUUUUUAAUCAAGAUCAAGAGAGAUGAGAAACUUACUGCUCUGUCAAAUAUGCCAAAGAAAGCCACUACUCCUGUGACAAAUGGAAUUGUCCAAGAUGAAUUUUUUGUCAGUUUGAAGAUGAGCACCUACCUGGUAGCCUUUGUUGUUGCAGACUUGAAAAACAUCAGUAGAGAAACUAACGGGAGUCUGGUAUCUGUCUAUGCCAUACCACAGCAUAUAAACCAAGUAGAGUAUGCUCUAAACACGACAGUGAAACUUCUGGAAUUUUAUCAAAAGUACUUUUUAAUAAAUUACCCUCUUGAAAAAUUAGAUCUAGUAGCAAUUCCUGAUUUUCAGUCUGGUGCAAUGGAAAACUGGGGCUUGGUCACCUUCCGGGAAACAGCGCUAUUGUAUGACAGUAAAACUUCUUCAGCAAGGGAUAAAAAGCUAAUAACUGCAGUGAUAGCUCAUGAGCUUGCCCAUCAGUGGUUUGGCAAUCUAGUAACUAUGGAAUGGUGGAACGAUCUCUGGCUGAAUGAGGGAUUUGCCACUUUCAUGGAGUACUUUGCCAUGGAGGAGAUUUUUCCAGAAUUACAUUCAGAUGAAGAUUUCCUAAAUCUAAUAUUCAAGGCUAUGAUGAAGGAUUCCAUGAAUUCUUCACAUCCAGUCUCUUCUGCUGUUCAGUCUUCAGAGCAAAUUGAAGAAAUGUUUGAUGCACUUUCUUACAUCAAGGGGGCUUCACUUCUGUUGAUGCUGAAGCACUAUCUCACAAAGGAUGUUUUCCAAGCUGGCAUUGAGGUAUAUUUGCAUAAUCACAACUAUAGAUCUGCACAGAGUGAUGACUUGUGGGACAGCAUGAAUGAGAUCACCAACAGAACACUAGAUGUAAAAAAGUUAAUGAAAACAUGGAUUCUGAAUAAAGGAUUUCCGUUGGUGACUGUUGUCCGAACAGGAAAGAAUAUCUCUAUACAGCAGGAAAAAUUUUUAUAUCGUGUGGAACCAGAAAAUUGGACAUCAGAUGCAAGUUAUCUGUGGCAUAUUCCUCUCACCUACAUGACUAAUAGGUGCAACUUUACCCAUUGUGUUAAUGCAUACUUACUGGACCAGAAGUCAGCUGUCAUUGAACUUCCAGAAGAGGUGGAAUGGAUAAAAUUCAAUGUCGACAUGAAUGGUUAUUACAUAGUACACUAUGCAGAAGACUGGAACACACUGAUUGAUCUAUUGAAAAAAAACCACACGGCUCUGAGUGCUAAAGACAGAGCCAAUUUGAUCAACAAUAUCUUCAACCUUGCAAGCCUAGGGAAAGAGUCUUUGGAAAAGGCCUUUGAGCUGAUCGAUUACCUUAAGGAAGAGAGCAGUACUGCACCACUCACUCAAGCAUUGUUUCAGCUGAGUCUUAUCUACAACCUUUUAGAGAAAAAGGGUGAACAACAACUGGCAGCACGUGUGAUCUAUAGAAUAGAAAACCUACUUGGAAAUAAAAUUGACCAACAGCAUUGGACAGAUAAUGGGACUUUGUCUGAACGAGAGCUCCGGUCAAUGCUACUAGCUUUUGCCUGCACCCAUGAUAUAAGACAAUGUAGAGCAGCUGCCACUGAUAAGUUUGAGAAAUGGAUGAAGUCUAAUGGAACAAUGAGUCUGCCUAGUGAUCUUAUGAAAGUCAUAUUUAUAACUGGAGCCAAAACUAAUGAAGGCUGGGAAUUCCUCCUAAAGAUGUAUUCCUCUUCAGUUUCUGAAGCAGAGAAAAGCAAAAUGAUCGAAGCCUUGGCCAGCACAGAGGAUGUCAGAAAGCUGAUAUGGUUAAUGCAGAACAGCCUUGAGGGAGAAGUCAUCAGGGCGCAGGAGCUUUCACAUAUUGUAGCAACUGUUAGCCAGAGUUUGCCUGGAUAUUUGUUGGCCUGGGACUUUGUCAAAGAGAACUGGGAAAAGCUUACAAGAAAAUUUCAUCUAGGCUCAUACACUAUCCAGAACAUCAUUAGUUCAUCAACCUCUCAGUUUGCAACAAGAGCACAUCUACUUGAGGUGAAGACAUUUUUUGAAUCAAAGUCAGAAGAGAGUUCUAAACUGCGUUGUGUAAAAGAGGCACUUGGCACAAUUCAGCUCAAUAUCCAGUGGAUGGAGAGGAACUUAGCAAAGCUACAAAAAUGGCUGUAGCGCACGUAACACUAUGGUGUGUCAGCCAUUUAGGAAAUCCGUGGACAGUUGCUCUGUUUCUUUCGCAAAAGCCAGGGUGAAACCAGGCAUUGCUGCAACAUUGUUUGCACUAUUAGAGAGUCUAGAUAGCUCAGGGCAUGUCUCACAUACAUUUUGAUUUCCCUUGAAGCAUUUAUGAGCAGGAUGUAUUUAUUCUGAAACUGUUUUCAUCUAUAGACCAAACAUCUCCAUAAAUUAUAUAUUAUGAAACUUAAUAUCCUUUCAUUUGGUAUCAUGUUCUAGUUUUUCAGCAGUGCGUUGAUACUGACAGAUAAGAGCAGAAAGAAAAAGUUACCAUGAACUGUUGUAUUUUUGCAGACUGAUAGGUAAUUAGUAGGGCUUUGUUAAUGCAAAAAUACAGGUAGUUUCCACAUUUGUAGAUAGAGAAGCUGUUGUGAAACAAAGUCAUACAUAGUAUACCUAAGUAUUAGAGGAUCUCAUAAAGUACAGCUGUUUGAGGAAAGGUAAAUAAGGUCUGAAUUUGAAUUCAGUUUAGACUUCUGAUUUUUCACUGUGUUGUUUAGUAAUUACAUGAAAAAUAAAAGUAAUACGUCAUGCUAAUCAUACACACUUUGAUGUUUAACAUGGCUGGGCACUAAUAGUCGGCAUGGAAAGGAGAAAGCCAGACAGCAAAAACAAAUGUGUUAGGGGUGGAAUUUCCAAAAACACUGAUGUGGCCUUGGAACUUUUACUCUGAAUUUGUUAGACAUCUUUGAGAAUUGUGUUGUUAAAAAUUGGAGUGUAAUUGAUGUUGCUGCAUUGAUCUGUGAGCAACUGCACAAAACUGCCAGGAGAAGUUGUUAACAGGCUGGUUUAUCUGUUAGACUGACUACUGAUUUGUCUACUUCUGACUACUGAUUUCUCAUUUCACCACUUGUUGCAGAGGUCCUGCAAUUAGUCAGUGUUUCAGCCACUUCAUUUGGUUAAGUUUAUGCUUUUUUUCCCUUGCCUGUUACCUUUGAUAUCACAGUAUAAUUUGUGUACAUGCUUACUCAGUAUAGUUUUAGAAAGCUUCUCAUUUAGAUUUUAAUGGUUUGUUCUUCUACUGUUGUGAAAAUCCUUGUAUGAAAAAUCUUCAUACUCUUUAAAAGAAGGGGAUCUAAAUCUUCAUACUUUAAAAAAAAAAAGGGGAUCU